AUGCAGUCCCGGCUUCAAACAUUUACACCCAAAUUUGACGCGAAGGAACUUAAUGACUCGUUUGAACUACAUGGCGAGCUCCCCGGAAUCGAUCAAAAAGACAUCGAAAUCGAAUUCACGGAUGCUUCUACACUCACCAUUAGAGGUCGUUCUGAAAGUAAUGCAGAGGAUAGAUCUCCUGACGAUAAAACUUCAAGUCCCGAAACCCGAUCUCAAAAUAACACUUUGCAAGCCACGGUAGAGGAUACGCAAGGAAGCCAGAAAGAUAUGGCAACAAUUGAAAAAUCUGAAGGCAUGAACGAGCAGGCUACGGAAAAAUUCUGGAUAAUGGAGCGAAGUGUGGGAGAAUUUUCGAGAUCAUUUUCAUUCCCGGUGCGAGUUGACCAGGAUAACGUGAAGGCCAGCAUGAAGAAUGGAGUACUGAGCGUCAUAAUACCAAAGCUUAAAAAGCAUGAAAGUCGCAAAAUUUACAUCCAGUAA